GAGGGAAGCCCCGGCGGGGAGACUCGGCCCCAAAAGCCGCGGCCGUCGGAGGUGACUGCGGCAGCGGAUGUGGCCUCAUGGAUGAGCUGGUACAUGACUUAGCCUCAGCCUUGGAGCAGACAUCUGAGCAGAAUAAGCUUGGUGAGCUGUGGGAGGAGAUGGCGCUGAGCCCUCGGCAGCAGAGGCGGCAGCUUCGCAAACGGAGAGGCCGGAAGCGCCGUUCAGACUUCACUCACCUGGCAGAGCAUACCUGCUGCUACAGUGAGGCCUCUGAGUCAAGUCUGGAUGAGGCCAUCAAGGACUGUCGAGAAAUGGCCCCAGUCACCAAUUUUAGUGACUCUGAUGACACUAUGGUAGCCAAACGUCACCCAGCUCUUAACGCCAUUGUUAAGAGUAAGCAACAUUCUUGGCAUGAAUCUGACUCUUUUACUGAAAAUGCACCUUGUCGACCGCUGAGGCGCCGACGGAAGGUGAAGCGCGUAACAUCGGAGGUGGCUGCCAGCCUUCAGCAGAAGCUCAAGGUGUCAGAUUGGAGCUAUGAGAGAGGCUGCAGGUUCAAGUCUGCUAAGAAGCAGCGUCUGUCCCGCUGGAAGGAGAAUACUCCCUGGACCUCAUCAGGUCACGGGUUGUGCGAAGCAGCAGAAAAUAGGACUUUCCUAAGCAAAACGGGAAGGAAAGAAAGGAUGGAGUGUGAAGCAGAUGAACAAAAACAGGGCUCUGAUGAGAAUAUGUCAGAAUGUGAAACCAGCAGUGUGUGUAGCAGCAGUGACACAGGGCUCUUUACCAACGAUGAAGGACGGCAAGGGGAUGACGAGCAGAGUGAUUGGUUCUAUGAAGGAGAAUGUGUCCCAGGAUUCACUGUCCCUAAUCUUCUACCCAAGUGGGCUCCUGACCAUUGCUCUGAAGUAGAGAGAAUGGAUUCUGGACUGGAUAAACUUUCAGAUUCCACAUUCCUUUUACCUUCUCGGCCAGCUCAAAGAGGGUACCAUGCUCGCUUUAAUCGUCUGCCUGGAGCUGCAGCUCGAUGCCUCAGAAAGGGGCGAAGAAGGCUUGUUGGGAAGGAGUCCAGCAUGAGUAAUUUGGGCACUGAGAGGAUAGGCCACCUCAUUAGUGACCCUCGGCAGAAAGAAAAGAAUAAAGCGUUGGCUUCUGAUUUUCCUCACAUUUCUGCUUGUGCACAUGAGUUUAAUCCUCUUUCUCCCCUUUACUCCCUGGAUGUUCUUGCUGAUGCUUCUCACCGAAGAUGUUCACCAGCACGCUGCUCUGCCAGACAGGCAAACAUACACCUAGGACCACCAUGUUCACGUGACAUCAAGAGGAAACGGAAACCUGUGGCUACAGCAUCUCUGUCCAGCCCAAGUGCCAGUAAUUAUAUAUUUCACAUGGAUGCAGUGGAGCCAACCAUACCAGCAUCACAGGCCCCCAAAUCUCCGAACUCUGAGUGGUUGGUCAGGACCUCUGCUGCAGAGAAAACCACUGACUCAACUGCAGCUACAUUUUUUAAAAUGCCACAAGAAAAGAGCCCUGGAUACAGCUAGACAGCAGAAUUUCACCCACCAAGAGCCGACUAGAUGUUGCUGAAACAAAUAUUAGACUUUGUAUUAUAUUGUCUUGCAUAUCUUAAUUGACAUUCCCAGUCCUUUCGCCACCAGGACUGACUCCUCUUCAAAGAAGUGGACUCUUUCUCUUAGAAAAUCAUAUUGUGAAAAUCUUUUUUUUUUAAUUGUAAAAUAUUAGGACAGCAAUUUUUUUAAAAAAGGUCAUCCUAUGCUAUAUUUGUUACAUUGCUAUUGCUGUCCCAACAGUUACCUACAGCUCUGUUUACAGAGCUGUUGCUGUUUUGCAGGUAUGUCUUUUUUCUUGAAGAACUAGUAACUGCUUUUGCAUAUUUUUUGUGUAGAGCUUUUAAUACCAUUUGAGGAAGUUCCAAAUUUGCAGCCAGUUCCAGACAAAGUUAAACACAGAUUUAAGAUCUGUGUGUGGAAUUGUUUGCAGGACUUUGAGCCUGGUCUUGAUUCAAGCAGAGUGCCAAUAAGAUAAAUCCACCAAGUACUCAAUUUGGAGCCUCAGAAAAGACUACCAGCAGCAUGGGCCUUGGAAGCUUACUCCAUUUUUCUAGAUGUCCUAUUGGAAUCGCCAGCAGCUGCAUUGUACUUUGCCUCAUCUCCAAAGUCUGUGUUCUACUGAAAGAGGACCUAUAUAUAUACACAUACAGAUCGGUGUCAUGAAGAAGGUGCUUUAGGUGUACAGCAAAUUUAAAACAGUGGAUUGUGUCUUAAUACUUCAUGUUGCGGUGUAAGCCUUUAUGUACUAAACGAGACUUUUAUUGUUAGUAUUAUAGGUCAAUAACCUGUAGCAGAAAUUCAUACUCUAUUAUAAUAAUGGCUUUUUGAGGCCAUACUUUGGGGAGGAAAAAUGUCUUUUUGACAUGCCUUUAUACUUGGUAUGUUUAUGACGGCUCAGCUGCAUGAAGAGUUAUAUAUACAGCCAUGCCUCAAGUUGGAUGCUUCUUUGUCAAAAUGAGGAAUAAGUGACUGCCUAGAGCUUGUGAAGAAAAGCCACCCUUUCUAAAAAAGUAUUAUCAAGAUUGUCUGUCGUUGAGGGACCUCGUUGGCAGAAGGGCCCGUUUUUGUACAAAUUGAAUGCUUUUACUCUGAGAUACACAGAAGCCAUUCUCAAGUGUCCGCUGCUCUUGUGACAUUCUAGAGGAACUCCCACCCCUGCACCUGCUAGGACAGAGCCUCCUUUCUUUCCCUGAAGCGCAGUUGUCCUUUCUCACACACAAUUUAAUGGUGGGCCGCUCUGUCGUAUUCCUUUAAAAAUUGUUGUCCUUAUCAGUGGUAGCUCCAGAAUGUCCUUGUCAGUGGCGUGGGUGUGACUCUGGUGGGAAAGGGGUACUGGAAGCUAAGUUUACAUAGUACUUCAUGUAAGACUGAGAACAUGGCAGUUGUCCACAGCAAGGACUAUGGUGGAGGGAGGGGCGGGUGGAGAUUACGGCAUGAGGAGUAGCGCUAAAGCUAGCCCAGCAUCCCUGGGAGCCACCCAGAUUCUUGUGCAGUAGUGAGUGUGCUUCCCUUCCUGUGGCUGCACCCAUAGCAGGAUAGAAAACAUAAUGUCUGUUGAAUAUAAAGUGGUUCUACUCAGUUGUUGUAGUGAUGAAGGUAUCUUUUUGUUGUAAUAUGUGCAUUCUUACCUAGUCCCAAUAGUGUCCCGAGGCACACAUUUCUAACAUAAUUUGUUGGAUUUAAGGGAGAAAUUCAUGAACAUAAUAAUUUUAUUUUCUUUGCACUAAGCUCCAUGGCUCAUUCAGAGAUCAGUCCUGUGAUCAUCGCCUGUUAAGACCUCUGUAGUUCGGGUAGCAUCUUUUUCUUCAUGACGUGUAGCCUAAUAAUUCUCCUUUCUACCUGCGAUUAAAAAUCACUUAUAUGUACAACUUUAUUUACCUUUUAAACAUCUAUGAUGUAAAGGUAGUUGAUUGCUACCAUUUUAUAGAGUCAAGAACAGUCUUAGUGACUUGCCCCAAAUCUCAUAAUCAAGUCAAGACUAAAAUCCCAGACUUACAGACUUUCUUGGCCCUGGGUUAUAAUCUUUGGGUUGUCACUGAUAGACCUGAGUCACUCUGAGACUCAUAUUUUUGAAACAGUAUGCCAGAUAAACAGAAUGUUUAUCACCUUUCUUGAUCAAGCUUUCCUACAUAUUUUGAAUACUUUCAACGGGGAGCAACCCAAAAUGCCAUAUCUGUAAUAACUAGGAGAGAAAAUUAAUUGCCUAAGAGAAUAGCCAUUAAGCACACAAAUAUUUUUCCAAUACAGGGUUGUAAAUUGUGCUCCUUAUUUUAAGCUGCUGCAUGAGCAUGCUCACAGAAUUAUUCACCGACUUAUUCUGCUUGUUUUUUAUGAGUCAAUUCCAGAGGAAUACUCUUAGAAUCAAGUGUAUUUUGAAUCUUAAAUUUUAAAUAUCCUUUUUAUAUGGCAAAGUGUAUAAUGUCAUAAAUUAAGAGAAAUCCGUUACCUUUCAACAAAAGGUAUAAUUUCAAAAUCGGGUUUUGAAAUCUGUUGAAAAAAAAUUAUAGCUUGACUUCUUUUGAGGAUAAUCAUUGAGCUCAAUGAUUUGAUCUGCUCAAAAGUAAUAACCGAAGCAGAGUUCCACAGUUCUUCCUAAUUUCAGAAUUCUGAUUUAUCCCAGCUUGCUGUCCAGUCUGCUUGUCUAAAUCCUAAUCUUGGGUAUUUUUCACAAUGGGCGAAAACAUUAUGUACUUGCAUGAGCAUCAUUCAUAAAGGAUAGUUUUGCUUACCGGUUUAAGGGAAUUUGAGAUUAUUUUUCAGGUGCAGUAUUAUAAAGGGAACAACUUCAUUUGCAUCAAAACUUGUGUUGCUUUUUGGUAAGAACUGUUCAGAAGAGGAAAUUAGUAGCUGUUUACAUGGUGCCAAGUUUGGAGGGGCAGAGUAUGAUCUUUUUUGAGUGGUGUGUUCUCGAUAAAUAGGCCUCAUUUAGCCUUGAAUUCUUUAGAAAUCAAAUGCAAUUGGAAAUUUCAGAUGACAGAGUUGUGCUGGGCUAUAGAAACAGGCUGCAAAUGAGGCCAUUUUGGCAGCAAAAUGACCAAAAGCUGAAAUAAAGCUUCUUAAUCUGUGAUGCUUAUGGCAUCCUUUGCUAAGUAAAGCUCAAUACCUAGGAGAGGUAAUUUAAACUACUUGUGAAUCCCAAAUAGGUGAAUCUGACAUAUCUCUACUUUGGAACCAGAAAUGCAGUCUAGAUCACAGCAUAGCAAGUUCUGAUGCUAAAAGUACAGGAGCAGAGUUAUCAUAGCAGUAAGUCAUUUAGAGGUGAACGAGUCUCAGAGUGUCACGUGAGGAAGGAGCUAGGUGGCACUGUCAUUGCUGGUGUGAUGGGUUCUCCACUUCGGCUCCAGGAAAAGGCUCCUGGUGAUGCCUGAUUCAUUUCAAGCCUUUGCUUUAUUUUGGCUUCACUACCAUGAUUCUGAGCCACAAGCUUUUUUAUUUCCUGGGGAUUAAGCUGUGUAAAAAUACAGCAUUAGCCGUAUUCAGCGUUCUGUAUAUUUGGUGAACCUUAUCUGAGCUGGGAUGAGAACAGAGUGGCUUUCUGUAGCAGCAGUGGAUACCGUCUAGUGGGGGACAUAGCUUAUAGGUUGUAUCAUGGUUCAUGGGACGGUGGGAGGGGUGGCAGAAGCGGUUUGCUCUUGCUGUCAGCUGCUUCCUUUGCUAAUGUUUCAGCUGCCCAUUUUACGUGUCAGUAUUUCCUUAUCUCCCUCUCCAGUUGUGACAGUGUAGUUACUGAUAGUGACAGCAAUCAGGUUGGGUUCCUACCCCAUGAGAAAACUGGCACAGAGGAAAAAAGGUGAGGAAAUUGGUGGGUUCUGCUAUUAGCACUAAACACAAGUGGCCCACACAUGCUUUCGUUAAGAUCACGAAACAGAUGAACAUCAAGAUCACGAAACAGAUGAACAUCAAAUGCCUGGAAAUAGCAACAUGGAAAAGAAACAAAGGAAAUUGAGUGAUCUUGCCGAAGAGUGUGGAUUAGAAGGUUUUUAACAAGCCCAGCAAAACAAACUUAUGGCCAAAAGAAGUUGUUUUCCUGCCACUGCCCUGCACUGCACUUGGUAAAAUUGUCAAAUGUGGGGGAAAAAAAAUUUUCCAAGCACAGUAUUGAAGAAUGGGGCAGAUCCUGAAGAUGUUCACCAAGGAAAGGAAUCUUGGCAAGGUUCAGACUGGGAAGGCAAGGGGAAAGGGGAAGAGAAGGAGAUGCUUAGAGCAGGGCUGCUAGGGCCCCGAGAUCAACAGCAUGCAUACAUUCUACCCCCCUCCAGAUCUGCUGAAUCAGAAACUCUGAGGGUAAGGCCCAGGAGUCUUUUACCAGCCCUCCAGGGGACUUGAUGUUUAAGAACGAUGCACAAUGAUGUUUAAGAACCGCAGGCUUUGCCACAGUUAAAAAGGAGUGUUUUAAUAUACUGGUGUCCCCCCCCAAGCUCUGAGGUGCUCUUAUACUUUCCUCCAUAAGUAUGGAGAUGUUUUGUGUAUGGUUCUUUGCAGAAACUGUUAAAUGUCUUUAUUUCCCAUACUUUUUCCCUCAAGUUCCUGAAAGAUCUCCUGGAAAUAUUGAGAAAGGAUGAUGUGGAGAAAAAUGCCAUUGAGGCCAUUUUUAGAUGGAUAGAAACAACCUUUUAAAAGUGGAUUAAAGUAUAACAAUGGAUUUUUAGUCUGUGAGUGAUCAUUGAUUUUCAUAACCGACAGUAAAACAUUUGUGUAAGAUACUGCCAUCCAUGAUUUUAUGAUACCUGUUCAUUACAUCUUAGUUUCAUGGGAAAAUGUCAUAUAUUUUCAUAAUGAUGAAGUCUUUAAAGUAUGACUCACAAAAAUGAAAAAAGUCAUUGGAAGAAAAAAACACCCUGAGUACAUAGCUAUUGUGUAAUAAAUACCUGUUGAAUUAUUGGUAAUCUUUUGCUGGGAAUUAAUCUCAGUACUUCAGAGCAUGUAAAAAUCAAUUUUCAGUGAUCCCCCUUAAUCAUACCUUACUGUCUUUGUUUUACAUUUUCAGCUAGUGAUUCCGCAGGGGUUGGGAACCAGUAGUAACAACAUGUUAUAUUUUUUCAUCGUCUGACUUACAAUUCAGUGUUUCAGAAGACAGUACUCUAAUGUUAAAGCUUUGAAGUGGUGGUAUGGUCAUUUUUUCUUUAGAUUUUAUUUGUGUGAAUUGGCGUAGGCCCUACUUUAUUACUAAAGCCUAUGAACCAAAUUUCUCUUUCUGGGAAUAUGUGUGGCUACGGAGGAGUUCUCUAGUAUCAUUUCCUCAGAUGCUCAUGUUUCGUGCCUGGAUUUUUAUUUAUAAAGGUGACUGAUGAUGCGGAAAGGUCAGUGUCAUUGAAAGAAAAGUCUAAUGUUACAGUUCCCAUAGAAACAGGAGGUACGGUUUGCCAUGCAGGGCCACAGGACAAACACCAAGUUUGGGUCAGGAGGCAGAAGACGGGAACAAGUGAUAUGUCUAGGCCAGAGCCAUGAUCAGGAUUUUCUUGGGAAAGGCAAAGCAGGGCAGGGAGAGCAGUUUAGGCAUGGCUAGUGAAUAAUUCCAGGGCCUUAGGGCUACAGUGUGGGCUCCAGUUGCCUGGUGCCUGGCCCUGGGAUGACUGUGUCCUGGGGUGUGCAGGCCAGAUGGAGGAGGUGUGGCUCCAUCAGACGUGGUUAAUUUGCACAUCAAAAGCAUGCUGCAGGCUGAGUCCUUUGCAGUCUCUAAGAACCGGCCAGCCCUGAGACGGGUCAUCUUUCCCCAUCCAGAAAGUUUUUUUAAGAUGUCAAAACAUCAUAAUAUAUUGGAAAUAUAAAACAUGAUUAAUACACAUGUAUAGACUGUUUAGCUCUCCUUUCAAUUUUUGUAGUCUUUUAAGCACCACAUAAUUUUUCUUUUCCGUCUUGAAAACCAUUUAAAAGUACUUCUGGCCAAAAAUGUUAGCGUUACUAGAUAUUAUCAAGGUGUGGGAAUAUAAAAAAUUUUAAGAUGUAAAUUAUGAAAAUAAUGUUUUCUUUCGCUAGAAGUGAGUUCUGACCCCUGCAGUUAAACAUUCAAAUGUUUAACUGAAAAAGGGAAGAAAAUAUCAGAGAACUUAUAAGUAGCCUUGGUGACUGACUUAAAUCAACCCGUUUCACUACAUAGAUUCUACACCUUGCUCCCCCCAGUGGGCCAUGUAUUUCUCCAUGAAAAUCUGCUACCCCAAAAUCAUGGUGACAAUUUGAAUUGCUCUAAAUAUUUAUCUCGCUCAACCUCCCACCUAUUGUCAGCAGCUAUUGCAAACUGGCCAUUUUAAACCCUUUCAGUCCCCACCUUCUCUCAACCCCAGCAGCUAAUCUCACCUCUCCCCUAACAGAUAAUAGAGCAUUAGAUGGGGAAACUCUGCUUACACACCUUCACAUACACCCUUCCUCACCUCUUUGUCUUGGAAAUUCCUGUCCUCCCCCUAACAAAUCCCUUCUCUUACACUCAAGGUCCUCUCCCUUGAUCAGAUGCCUUGCUCAAUACAGCUUCUCACUCCUGACACAUAUGGCUUUGCAUUUAAACACAUUCAAAGACUCCCUGUUCAAACAAAAAUGCCUUUCCUCAACCCUUUGAACCCCUUGACUCGCACUAAAUACUGUUCUUUCCUGUACUUUGUCUAUUAAUUCUCAAUUCACUGAAGCAGUAGUUUUUAACCCUGGCUGCACACUAGGAUCAUCUGGGGAGAUUUUUUAAAACCCUAAUUCCCUUGACUGAACCACAAGCCAAUUACAGGAGAAUGGGGUAGUGGGACAGUCUUUUUAAAGCAAAGACAUGCAGCCAACGUGCAGCCGAGGCUGAGAGCUGACACGCUAAAACCUGGCCGCUACCCUCGCCGCCAUUAAGAUUGUUGUCGCUCGGUUCACCAGUGACUUCUGGUUGCCCAAAUUUAGUCCUUAGGUUGAUCUUUAUGUCUUGAUACCAUAUAACUGCUUCCUUUCUGGAAUUCUGACUCUUCUGACCCUGCUCUCCUGAUCUUUCUCCUGCUUUCUCAGCCUCUCAGGCAGAGUGGUCAGUAGGUCAGUCCAAUGCAGACUGAAUGUCUGCCUCUGCCCUCCCCUCCGUUACUUCAUCAAUACCCAUGUGCUAGUGAGUUCCUUUGCCAUGCCCCCUUAAUGUGCUGGCUUAAAGCACAGAUUGGAGUGAAGCAUUUCCAUUCAUUGAUGAUUACCGUAAACUAGGAAAGCCAACUCAAGGUGUCUGCUCCUUUCCUCACUUCUCUUUGCUCCUCCUUCAAGCCCACUGAAGUCGGAAGAAUUGCUAACCACACUAGUCAGUUUCUAUGAUGGAUAGCCCCUAUUUGCUAAGUGGGUGGAAUUGUUCUUCAUGAAGAGUCAGGCUGAACUGUGGUCCCUUUUCUGCUUUCUCCUUUCCAGGGUCUUGGGCUGGUAAGGAGGCCUGGGCCCACUUCUACAUAUAAGAAGGCUACCCGCCAUGUAGUACUUGCUUCAGUUUUUUUACUUGCUGCUGUUGGUAAGAUUUUAGUUUGAGUUUAGGGGAGAGACAGACCCAUUUCCUCACCUCUUUUUGACCUUGGGUGCCAUGUUGGAGCUUACUUUAUCAGAAAACUUCGUUGGAGUCUCAGGCAUUCUCCCCACUAAUAAAGUGGAACUUGAUUUUCCACAUCACUGCAUGCUGCCUUUGGAACUCUGUGUAGGGGCUCCACCCUCACCAUAAGGGACUGUGUGUUUCUGGCUUCUUUACAUCACUAGUUUCUGAUUUAAAAUCUGGGAUAGGUGGAUCUGAUUGUCAGGUGCCUAUAUCCUAACUGCAGGAAGUGAGAAUGAGGUUAUCUGGAACGUUUAGCUUCUACUGGGGAGAGAUGAAUUCCUUAAACACAGUAUGUUUUAAUGUCUGGGAGAGCUAGUCCCCUCAUAAUUUUUCUUUUUCAGCGUUUUUCUGGCUAUUCUUACAUGUUUGUUUUUCUAUAUAAACUUUAGUGUCAACCGGCGUAACUCCAUUUUAAAAAAGUGUGUUGAUAUUUUUAUUGAGAUCGUAUUACAUUUAUUAACUAACUUAGAGAAAAAUGGCAUCUUUACAAUGUUGAGUCAUCCUAUCCAAGAACAGGGGAUGUAUUUCUACUGUUCAAGUCUAUUUUUGUGCCUUUUAAAGACUGUUUUAAAAUUUUCUUUGUAUAGGUUUGUGUUUCUUGUUAAGUUUAUCCCUAAGUAUUUAAUCUUUGUUGCUAGUAAAUGGGGUUUUCUCUGCCA